AUGGGGUAUUGUGCUCCUUUUAUCCGUGCAUUGAGCAAGUACAACGCUCUUGUGAAGAACUCAAAUCACAUUUUACUGACUCUCAUGUGGCAAGUGUUUUUGCUUUAUUUAGAUGUAAGAACAUUUGAAGUGCUUCUAUGCACCUAUGAUGUUAGACAAAGGAUAGUAGAGAGCUUCCCAGUUAAUGAAGGAGGUUCUAAUGAGCACCCUCCACGGAAGAGGAGGCAGGGUUAUGCUGAAAGAAACAAUGGGAUUGAAUGCACUUCUUCUCCUACUGGGAAGGGAGAUUUUAAAUGUCUGAUUAUUUGGGAUAUUAAUGACAUCAAAGAUCCAAUUUUUGUGGUGGUUGCUGCAAUAAAAAAUGCAGAAGUUGGAAGCAAAUUUCAAACAACAGCAACUCCUCCAAGCAGAAGCCCUGUUAGGCCUUCUCGAAGGAGCCCAAGCAGAAGUCCUGUUAGGUAUUCGCGGAGGAGUAUAAGUAGAAGUUCGGGCAGGGUUCCUACUAGGGUUAGGCCUUUAGGAAGGAGCCCAAGCAGAGGCCCUUUUAGGUCAUCUCGGCAGAGUGCACGCAAAAGUUCGGGUAGGGUUCCUUCUAGGCAAAGCCCAAGCCGAAGUCCAGGUAGGGUUCCUAGCAGAAUUGAUAGGCGCAACUAUUCAAGAAGUCCUGUAAGUGCAGGUCGUGGGGCAAGAUCUCCAACAAGGAGCUCUUCAAGAAGAACUUUAGUGGAUGGAUCUCCCAAGCGCAUCAGGAGGGGAAGGGGAUUUAGUAAGCGUUACUCUUAUGUUCGUAGAUACAGGAGUCGAUCUCCUGAUCGGUCCCCUGUUAGGACAUACCGUUAUAGUGACAGAUAUUCGAGAUACAGAAGGUCACCUAGACGUUACAGGAGUCCACCUAGAGGAAGAACGUCGUCUAGAUUACUCAAGGUGAUGUUUCAAGCCACUAUGUGCAGCAACAACAGCUUAGUACAGCUGGUACUAAUGCUGAUGGUCGACGAGCAACAACACCUAACAAUUCCGGACAACAGCAACAGAAUGCAAUCACAGUAGGAGUUGUAGGUACAUUUACAACUGGUGAGCAGCAGCAGCAGGACAUAACGUCACCAGCUAUCACUUUGGAGGACAUGAAUUUGCUCGAUGCCUUACUGGCACGCACGGAUUCAGCUAACUGGCGCAAGGGAUGACUUAAUCAGAGAUGGAGAAGAAUAUUAGAGUCAAGAAGAAAGGUGAAGAUGAAUAAGGUUUGAAGAAGUUCACGAGAAUUUGCAGUAGAAGGAAGAAAACUGCAGAAGUUGAUCAAAAAAUAGAAAAAUCAAAUAGUAGCCAAAGGAUAAAGAUGAGUAGUACAAUGAGACAUUGAAGUAUUUUCAGCAACAUCUCGUUCAUGGCCACUAUUGACAGCAGGGACCUUAUAAAUAUUAACACACCAGAUAACAAUACUUUUGUAGGAUUAAAACUUUA